AUGAUCAUCUUGGAAACUUAAUACAAUUGUUAGUUAUUUGGAGUUCUUAUUGAUAUUUUGAUCGAUUAGUACUUCUUUGAAAAAACAUUGUUAAUCAAUUUAAUUGUUUAGAGUUUAAUUACAAUUAUCAAUUGAUUGUAUUUUAUUUUAUUAAAUUCUCAACCUUAUCUUAAUACCCCCUUGAUUAUAUUAAAAGAUCUUAUCAGUAUACUAAUCAUUAAAUAUUUAUAUAAUGCCUCACUCAAAGACUGCUAUUUUAUCUGUUUAUGAUAAAACUGGAUUAUUAGAUUUAGCUAAAGGUUUAGCUGCUGCUAAUGUUAGAAUUUUAGCUUCUGGUGGUACUGCUAGAUUAGUUCGUGAAGGUGGAUUCCCCGUUGAAGAUGUUUCUUCAAUUACUCAUGCUCCAGAAAUGUUAGGUGGUAGAGUUAAAACUUUACAUCCUGCUGUUCAUGGUGGUAUUUUAGCAAGAAAUUUAGAAUCUGAUGAAGCUGAUUUAUCUGCUCAAGGUAUUGAAAAAGUUGACUUUGUUGUAUGUAAUUUAUAUCCAUUUAAAGAAACUGUUUCAAAAGUUGCUGUAACUAUUGAUGAAGCCGUUGAAGAAAUUGAUAUUGGUGGUGUUACUUUAUUAAGAGCUGCUGCUAAAAAUCAUUCAAGAGUUGUUAUCUUAUCUGAUCCUCAAGAUUAUGCCGGAUUUUUAGAAGAAUUAAAAGCCGGAGAAAUUUCAUCUGAAACUAGAAAUAAAUUAGCUUUAAAAGCUUUUGAACAUACUGCUGAUUAUGAUGUUGCUAUUUCUGAUUUUUUCAGAAAACAAUAUUCAGAAAAUGUCUCUCAAUUACCUUUAAGAUAUGGUGCUAAUCCUCAUCAAAAACCAGCCCAAGCUUUUGUUUCUCAAGGUGAAUUACCUUUUAAAGUUUUAGCUGGAUCUCCAGGUUAUAUUAAUUUAUUAGAUGCUUUAAAUUCUUGGCCAUUAGUUAAAGAAUUAUCUGCUUCAUUAAAUUUACCAGCUGCUGCUUCUUUUAAACAUGUUUCUCCAGCUGGUGUUGCCGUUGGUUUACCAUUAACUGAUGUUGAAAAGAAAAUUUAUUUUGUUGAAGAUAUUGAAAAUUUAUCUCCAUUAGCUAAUGCUUAUGCUAGAGCUAGAGGUGCUGAUAGAAUGUCAUCAUUUGGUGAUUUUAUUGCCUUAUCUAAUAUUGUUGAUGUUCCAACUGCUCAAAUCAUUUCUAAAGAAGUUUCUGAUGGUGUUAUUGCUCCAGGUUAUGAAGAAGAAGCUUUAGCCAUCUUAAAGAAAAAGAAGGGUGGUAAAUAUUGCAUCUUACAAAUUGAUCCAAACUUUAACCCAGAACCUUUAGAAUCAAGACAAGUUUAUGGAAUUACUUUACAACAAAAGAGAAAUGAUGCUAUUAUUAAAGGUUCAUCAUUUAAAGAAAUAGUUUCUAAAAAUAAAGAAUUAACUGAACAAGGUACAGUUGAUUUAACUGUUGCUACUAUUGCUUUAAAAUAUACUCAAUCUAAUUCUGUUUGUUAUGCUAAGAAUGGUAUGGUUAUUGGAUUAGGAGCUGGUCAACAAUCUCGUAUUCAUUGUACUAGAUUAGCUGGUGAUAAAGCUGAUAACUGGUGGUUCAGACAACAUCCAAAAGUUUUAGGAUUUAAAUGGGCUAAAGGAGUUAAAAGACCAGAAAAAUCUAAUGCAAUUGAUUUAUAUGUUACUGGACAAAUUCCAACUAGUGAACCAGAAAAAUCUGAAUAUGAAUCUAAAUUUGCUGAAUUACCAAUUCCAUUAAGUCAAGCUGAAAGAGAUGAAUGGAUAGGUAAAUUAAAGAAUGUUGCAUUAUCAUCUGAUGCUUUCUUCCCAUUCCCAGAUAAUGUUUACAGAGCUGCUAGAUCUGGAGUUAAAUUUAUUGCUGCACCAUCUGGUUCAGUUAUGGAUAAGGCAGUAUUUUCAGCUGCUGAUUCUCAUGACAUUGUUUAUGUUGAAAAUCCAAUUCGUCUUUUCCAUCAUUAAAAAGAUUUUCAUAAUGUCAUAACAAAAAAACAAUGAGUUAAUGCUCUUAUUUAUUUAUCUACGAUUCUCUGUUUAUUUGUAUAUUCUAUGCUAUAACUAUAAUUAUAUAGUUGAAGGAUAGUCUCUGUACUUUAGUUCAUCGGGUGCUAUGAUUCCCAUACAUUCAUUAACUUUCAAUAUAUCUAUUAUUUAUAAGUAUUAAAUAAUCAGUUAAUUAACUGUAGAGUAGUAGUAGUAGUAGUAGUAGU